AUGUUCGGCCUCUGCUGCGCUUAUGGGAUGAUCAUGUUCAGCGACGACUUCCACAAGCAGCACGGCGCCCUAGGAGUCAAGAUGAACCUGAGCACCGCGCUCAUCAUGGGCCUCCUCGUGGCUUGCUGUUCCAAGGUCAACGUCGCCAUCGGCGGGCCGGACCUGAACCCCGUGGUCUUCUUCGCGACCUUUGUGCAGAAGAUCGGGCAGAGCCUCGCCACGCAGCUGGAGCUCGACUACCCCGCAGGCACCACUUCCCGGCGUCUUUGGGAAACGGACAAUGCCCGCGACUUCGUCCGGCAGCUGGCUGGGGACAGUUACAGCACGGUGGAGUUUUGCACGGGCACUCACCUGGUCGACCACUUGUCGGCCUGCGAGGAAUACCACGCACAGCUCCGGGCCACCGUCCUUUUCUCAGCUUUUGCUUCCUCGGCGAUCUUUGCCGCCAUCUUCCUCCUCCUGGGGAAGGCACAGCUCACGAAAUACGUGUCUUACGUGCCAACCUCGGUGCAGGAGGCCUUCCUGUCCUGCAUUGGCUACAAAGUCUUCAAGUAUGCCCUCAAGUUCAGCAACUAUGACUACUACCAGUUUGUCCCUGCUGCCUGUGUGGGGGUGCCCCUGUACUUCAUGAAGGCGAUGCACAUCGGCAAUCCUGCCAUCGUGAUGCCACUGGGCAUCCUACUGCCCUUAGCCAUCUUCUGGGGCAUCGUCCUAGGCGCAGGCUACGACGUUGAAGCGGACACUUCAGACUUCUUCUUUCCGAAGAUGAGCAACGUGCCGUUCUACCUCAUAUGGACCGAUAGCAUCGGCCAGUACAGCAAGAUCAACUUCACUGCCUGGGUGUCCACCUUCACGGAUCUCGGGAUCAUGAUUCUUGUGGUGGUCCUGGACUGCUCCCUCAAGAUCUCCUCAACCGAGAACAAGAUUCCUGUCAAGGUUGACAAGAACUACGAGAUCUCGUUAUACGGGGCCGUGAACGCUCUUGUGUCGCUCUUCGCGUCGACGGUCGGAUACAUGCAACUGAAGUUUAAUGUGCCUUGGCUGCCUUGGCAUCUGUGCUCGGUGCGACUGCAAGAGACAAACAUGCCGGCAACGGAGCCUUUCUUUGCAUCCCCGAAGGUGGAGCCCGAAACAUAUUCUUCUCACGCGCAUACAUCUUUUUACACUCCGGCCGACCUCAAGCAACCUGAAAACAUAUUUGCAGGUCAUCAACUACGGAGUCAUGGGCAAUGCGGUUGA